GCACGGCCAGUGACGAUAAAUUGAACGUCAAAGUCGGAGAGUGUCAGACUCCAUCGGACAUUCAGCAUCAAUCAGUUUGACCGAGCGUAAUGACCUCUGUGGGAUCCGUGCGUCGUCGCAAGUCAUCAGCAUCAUCGUCUGAAGGACAUUCUUGAAGCACAGAUACCAGCCCAGCAUGUGGAGGCGAAAUAAUAAUGACCCUCAAUUGGGCUAUUAUGUAUACCCUGAUGCGGACGAGCGAUACUUAGAGACAAUCCCGGAAGUCGAGUCUUUGUACAGUCGAGCGUCAAGAAGAAGCAGCGUCGGUACUGCUCUUCCAGAAUUGCCAUUUCGCGCUGUCCCUCCACUGAACGACCAAAACCCGAUCUAUUCUUACGACCUCGAUUCGUCCAACCCUUAUUCCCAGAACAGCACUCCGGAAAUGAAACAAGCGCAAGAGACUCACCGAGAAGUGGCCAAUGUCUCACCAAUAAGCACACAAGACUCGACACAUCACAAUAGUUAUGGUUCGGACGGCUCCCUUGUAUCUCCUGUUGAUUCUUCCUUCCCCCACAACGCACCCACGACACAUUCACAAACGACGACCACAAGUCAAAUACCCCGCAUAAUACCUCUGGCUGCCCCGAAAUCCAACCGCGAAGAUGUACCAAAGCGAUGGGCGCUGCAAAAGGGUGAAGAUGGAGCAACACGGUGGGACGAAUAUUCGGGUGAGCCAAACCUAGCAGGAAAACCGCCCUCCGCACGGCCAGGCAUGUUACCAACACUCGAGCAACAAUAUCCACAGCUGAAGGAAAGAACACGUCAGAUUCUAGCGAACUUGAAAGAGCGAGAGGCUGUAAAGAAGGCAAACUGGGGCAAAGUACCUCCACCUAUCGAAUCAGAUCCUCUUGAUCAUCCCGUCCAACGACCUCCAUGGAAAGGUGCCAGUGGGAGACACGCAAUAGUCGAACCUGUGAAGAAUAAUCCAGCAGCAAGGACGAGGCCGUUAAUGUUGGUUCAACGGCAUAAGGAGGCCGAGGACAGCCAAAGAAGCCCAACAUCAGAAGAAGACUCUAUACCGCCAGGAAAGACACCCAGAUCACCUAUCGAUGCCGUGUCAUACGCUGCAUCCACACUACCAACAGUCAGAGAGAUCUCAUCAGAUGACGAUAUCAAGCCUGUUGCUCCUCUCAAGAUAAGGAAUACACCCAGAGUUGUUUCACCAGUACCUACAGAGAACCCCCGAGCGCUAGACAGCCCUUUUCGAAGUCCGGGACCAACAACCCGAAUUUUCGAACUCGCUGCAAGUCCGGUUCCCAGCAAUGUACAGGAAUAUGGGGCUGACAGCCCGACACUCGGGUCUGUCCGUAGCUUCCAGGGUCCUGAAAGAAGCUCAAGCGAAGAAUCUAUCACAAUGAAAGCAGUACCAAACCCCCUGCAGCGGGAACCCGACAGCUCAUCAAGCUGGAACACCUAUGCAUCGACUACUGUGGCACCACAAAGCCCCAUCUCUCGAGCGGAGAUGACUAGCAGUCCCAUUCCCCGUGCCGAAUUGACCGGCAGUCCUGUCUCAAUGACUGAACAAUCAGCUGUGCCGUCGCCCAUCGCGCUACGCAAACGUGUGGCAUCGAAUAACAGUGUUCAAAAAAGCUACGACAAUUCCAGCAGCAUCUCACCCUUUUCGAAUACACCAGGUCGCAGUUCGAGCCUUCUCCGCAAAGCCAUCGCCGGGAACGAGAAACCGCGCGCCGUGAGCCUCAUGUCCGGUCUUUCAGUCAGCAAAUCGCUCCCACCGACCCCGGUUGAACUAGAAGCUGCCGACAAAGCCGGAUCUCUCGAAGCUCGACUUGAGGACCUAGCGCGAAGGAAGCGGAACCUGCACAAAAUCAUCGCCGAGCUGCAUGAUUCCCUGAAAAGGAACGCGAUCAUCUACGACGCCAGGAAACGAAAGGAAGUCGACAAGAUGAUCACAAAUAUCAACAUGGAACUCCAGGACGUUACGAAUGAGGAACAUGAAGUCUCUCUCCGAUUGUACCGUGUUGUCAAACGUAGAGACAAGGAUGAGUUCUAUGAAAAGCCCACGGGGCUCUGGAUCAAGAGGGUCACAAGCUGAACGAGAGAGCGUCACCACAAACGACACGGAUGAUUCCCGGUCUGUGUGCAAAUAUCGUGCCAGACUGAAUCUGCCCCUCUACCAGGACAGACAUGCGA